CGACUCCCGUGCUGUCUUCUUCCCAAAAAGUCCGUGCUCUCUGCUCCUGUGUCUCUGCACUCCCCGUGUGCAAAUUCCCUGCUGACUCGGCCUCAGGAUGGCUAGAGGCAAGAAUCAAGCGCACCCAAAUGAGCGCAUCAUUGAUCAUGUGCACAUCACGCAGAGGGAGAGUGGGAGUGAGAGACGAAAGGCGCAGCGACAGAGCAUGGCAGUUGUAACGCAGUUUGUGUGAUUCCGUGUGCGUUAAUGAAACUAAAACCAUGCUUAUAGUCACCAAUACUGCAUCUGCCACAAUUAUAAGUGCAUAUCUGGCUGUACCACAGUUGGAUUUAUCAUGGCAAGCCCUGCUGUAACCAGUUCUUCUGUGAAGUUUCAUUAAAGACAGUGAACUAAAAACUCCUGGACUGCUGCAGUCUUUCUGACCGAAGACUUAGGCCAGACUCGUAUACACCGCCCUUCCCGUAUAUAUAUUCUACACCCCGUGCUCACUGCUCUCUCUCGUCUCAUGCUCCUCCUGGGGGAAAUAAUAGAGGCAGCCAUCAAAACACGUAAUUCCUGCAGGCAUACACUCACUGAACUUUAAACUAUGCUAGAAGACUGACGUAGAGUCUCACACAACAAUUCCUCACCAAGGAGCGCUCAGCCACACUCUUAAGUAGCUCCCGACGAGGCUUCAUUAGCUGCAGGUGUGUGUGCUCAUCCGCUUCAGGCGUGGCCAGCCUCCAGACGGGACACACCCACCAGGCCUGCCUGAAACCCAGUGCUCAGCCACACCCAUACACACACCCACUUGCCUAUAUAUACACAUGCAUGGAGAACACAAGAACAGCAGCACAGCGCAGCAAACAUACAUAAUAUAAAAUGAGUCCACAACUGCUCAUGGACCCUGGGUCGCUCAGACCCAGGUCCCUGACAGAGGGGAAGUCAGUAUAGGAGUAAUAGGCUCUCUCUUUCUAGUCCCUGUCAGUACUCUUGCUGCAGCGUUUUGGAUUAACUGAAUGCUUUUCAGGGAGUUUUUAGGACAUCCUGACGAUAAUGAAUUACAGUAGUCCAGCUUAGAAGUAAUAAAUGCAUGAACUAGUUCUGAGACAAGAUGUUUCUAAUUUGGGAUAUACUGCGCAAAUGGAUGAAAGCAGUCCUACACAUUUGUUUAAUAUGUGCAUUGAAGGAUAUAUCCUGGUCAAGAAUGACUCCAAGAUUCCUCACAGUGUUACUGGAGGCCAAGGUCAUUUGAAAAAUGUCUUUAAGACAUUCCUGCAGUUUAACUUAUUGGUGUGUGUUAUCUGGAUUCAUGGAUUGAUAAAGUGGGUGUCAUCUCAAUAGCAAUGAAAAUGUAUGCUAUGCAUUUUGACAGAUACUGCCUAGGGAAGCAAUUGGUUCUAGCACUGAACCCUGUGGAACUCCAAUAUUAAACUUUGUCUGUGAAGAAGACUCUCCAGUUACAUGAAUUAUAAAAAUAAUAAGUCACAAACUGUACUGUUCAGUACAGAAAGAAGCUUUUGUAACACUUGGUUUAGGUGACAGACAGAAAUGUCAGUGUGGUGAACUAGAUUACGUUACUGCAGGUGAACAGGAAACAGUAACCUUACCUUCAACAACAUCAGCACUCUUCUGGUAAACUGCAAAAGUUAGCAGAAUUGUUUAGCCUCUUUCUUGCUAUAAGUGCCUUCAUGGAACCAUGUACAAUGCACCUGUCCUUCAUUAGAACUGCAGCUCCUUGGCAAAGCCUCCCACUGAUCACUUUCUAUAACACACUAAAAUUUCCUCUUGGGUGUGUUUUAUUUUGUCAGGGCAGGAGAGUGAGACACAGCAACAAAACAACCGUUGCAUCUCUUGUUUCUCUUUCAAUUGUAAUAAUUAAUUGUAAUAAUUAAAAUGCCAAAAAAGGCAAAACAAAACAGCAUAAGAAAACAGCAACAAAAACACAAAGCAGAGACAUCCUGUAUUCUAUAUAACCUUAACCACGGUUCAGUCCUGCAAGCUCAACACCCUCUUUGGAGUUGUCUAGCAACUGAUUCCCCUCUUUGCAACGCCUUUGCAAAGUGCUUUUUUUUUGGUUUUGUGAGGAACACAGAGUGUGAUACAUGGCAAAGAGGGGGUUGGGGUAGGCCUUAGUUGAACAACCUGACUGGUAAUAUAUUCAGCCCUAUUGUGGUGAAUCAAUGCACCGUGCUUUAAUGGGGAGAUAAGGAGGGGCAAUGGAGAGCUAUGACGAGAUAUCUUUUGCUCCACAGUGCACCCCUAAAGCUAAGAAGCACACCCAAGACUAUGCAGUAUCACCUAAACUCUCAUCUGAAGAAAGUGCCUCUAACAUUCAGGUCCUGUUUUUUUUGUAGGGGGUGGGAGGGUUUCUAUAUCCCUGAGGAGCAAAUAAGAGACGAGCUCAAGGACGCACAAAUGUGAAGACUUUGUUAUUUUGUUUCAAAGACGGAAAUGUUGUGAUUUGCUUCACCACUGACAAGCCUGUGUUGUGGCGUUUCUCUGUACUCUUGAUGCUGUGCUGCGUGAUCAAACAGAUCUACAGAGCUAGACAUACAGGAUGAACUGAGGUAGGACGUGACCUGCUCACUCUUUCCUCCAGAGCACAAUGUCACAGCACAGAGGAAUCUGGAGGAGGCAGGUGCACCUGUUUACCCUCCCUUACCGUCUUCUCCUGGCUUCACCGUGCGUGGGUUUCCUCCCUGACUUUUGGUCUAGAGUGCUGACUCUGUCCUGGGACUCACACACUCACCAGUACAUUACAGAGCGGGCCAUUCUAAAUGUUACCCUGGAGACUCUGAGGGGACUAAAAAACACCAUGGAAACCAUGAUAAAGAGGAGUCCUGGUCUAACGACUGCAGAGCAGACUGGGCCGUGGAUUUUGGAGAGCUGUGGGAGAGGUGGUGAAAUCCAAUGCAGCCACGGACUUCCGGAGCUCCACAAGGUCUGACCCAGUUUACCACUUUGAUUCAGAGCAUAUUGAAAGUGCCACAGUCAUGCUACGACGGUUCUGGACCCACACCGUGCUCUCAGUGCGGGCCAAAGAGUACCAAAGUGCCCGUCAUAGCCUGGGUCAGCUAUUUCAUUCACUGCAGGACUUCUACAGCCACAGUAACUGGGUGGAGAUGGGCCAGAGUUCUAUUUACCUCCACCUGCUUCAGCCAGAGGAGCCAGCCGUGCCUGUAGCUAAAGGUGACUUUUCUCCUUACUGCAACUACACCAAAGAGAGCCGAGGCAGGUUAAUGAGGAGGAAGAGGAGAAGCAGAGAACCUUUAUCUCCUGAUCGUUUUAAUCUCUACUCUUCACUGUCCUCCCUGUCAGGAGGAUUAACAAUAUUCACCACCAACUCUGACAUACACAGGGUCUCCACAAUAGUGGAGGACAACACAGCAGCUGACAAGGUGACCCUCCUCCAUGUGGAAAGUCACAAAAACUUGAUGUCCGUUCAUACAUUUAGAGUUGACAGCUCCGUAAAAAGUGUCACCCUACAUGUCUCUGGCACUAUGACGGAGUGUAUUCUUACCAGUCCAUCAGACCAAAGUCAGUCUCUGUUGAAUGAAGAAGGUCCCCUAGCAGUGAUACAGCAAUUUCAGGGACUGUACCGCAUCAGUCUGUUUCCUCCUUUACAGCCUGGCCAAUGGAAACUGCAAGCCAAGAGCGAUGGGCAUCUUACGUUCAGUGUCAUAGGUGACAGUGGUGUAGACUUCCUGUAUUAUUUUGCAAUUGUAACCAAUGAGACACACCCGGGUCUGGCCAGAGUUGAUGGUAAUCCCACAGCAGGUGUUCCUGCCUUUCUGGUGGUGGUUGUUACAGGCCUGGGUUCAGAUAUAGAGGCAUCUUUUAGUCAUGCAACACUGCUGGGGGCUGAAGGAGAGAGUCUUCAGCAGGUGAAGCUCAACUCCUCAUCUUCAUCUAUCUAUUCCUUGGAGGAGCUGGUGGGCUUGGUGGACCCUGUUCCCAGAUUCCCCUUCUGCAUUAGACUUUCAGGCCAGGACAGCAGAGGAAACAAACUGGAGAGGGUUUCCACAGAGAUGGUGGAGCCCACUCACAUUCAGAUACAGGUGCUUUCUCUUCCUGACCUCGUGCCUGGUCAGAGUGCAGUGGUGAACUUUGAGAUCCAAAACCAUGGUGCAGCACGGAACUUCAGUUUGACAGCCGAUGAUGACUGUGGAUAUCUUCAUAUGAAAAUUUCAAAGAUAACACUGUGAAACAGCAACAAAAAUUGACCAACAAGAUGAUUCAAAAGAACUAUUAGCUGAAAACUUGGCAUAUUUUACCAUGCUGUGCAGUGUGUGUCAUUAAAAAGUGUGAGGAAACUAGACCAGUUGAGGACAAAAGAAGAAGUGGCAUGUCCACUUAACUAUCCAUAACAGAUAAAGAUGCCUUUAAAGGCCGUCAUGAAGCCAUCCCCAAGGAAGGGAAACAGGGAAAAGCUUAGAUAUGCCAAAUUAUGGACUGAAAAUCUAUUCAUUCACUCACUGGUAGAGGCAAGCUACAGCUGCCCUGGGGCAGACUGACAUAUCGCACCAUCCACCCCUCUGGCCAUCACCAGUAGGCGAAGUGUCUUGCCCAAGGACACAACGACCAAGAGCUGGGGAUUGAACCAGCAACCUUCCGGUUACGAGAUGAGCUUUCCAACCCCAUGAACCACGGUCACACGGUUGCGUCUAUUUUGCAUUUUAAGAAGAAUAUAAAUUAAAUGAUGGCUGGUUCAAAACUCCGGCACAGUAUUGUAAGUAUAAGUUAAAUGAUUUCACAAUUCAUGUUUUUGCCCUUCAGCUUUCCUGUAGCAGAACAAAGGUCUUUUCGUGACCAGGUGUCCCUCCACACUCCCGCCACAGCUCAGGCAGGGGUGACAGUCACCCUUACACUGACUGUAAAUGAUCUUCAUUCUGCUGACUCAAAUUAUGCAGUGGCCUACUUGACUGUGGUCCCUC